UCUACGCCCCGUCGCCCAAAAGUUGUGUGGCGCGUGUGUGGCGUAUGAAAUAUUAUUUAUAAAUUCAACCUAUUAAUAGAUUUAUUCCAUUUAACUCAUUACAAAAUUAGUUGGAAAGGUAUGCGCGUGACCGGCGACGCUUCAGCAGCGCGCAGAAAAUACGAAAACAUGUGUUUUGAUGUCAAUAUAACUUGGUGAUCUGAUGACACUACUAGAAGAUAGAUGUCAACAAAUUGUGAUUUCCUCUGAAUGUAGUGUUAUAAGUGUUGUUUUCUUGGUAUUAAUAUAACGGGGACGUUGCUCGUUGGGCCUGGGGGAAGUGCAUGUGUCGGCGGUGAUUGAUAAGUGUGCUGUAAUCAGCGACUUACUUCCGGCAGCGAUGAGAAUCCGAUGAAUGCUAAUUGGUGCCUGUGACUUAUCAGACUCUAGGAUGGCGAACCCUACUAUCGGGGUCUCGUUUGACCAAAAUGACAUGUCCAGCUGGUAUUUCGGCGGACUGUCAAGGGCUGAAGCAACAAAACUGUUGCUCAAUGAGACUGAAAGCGGAGUGUUCCUCGUCAGAGACUCGAAGACUAUACAUGGAGACUAUGUACUCUGUGUUAGGGAGGACGACCGUGUAUCACACUACAUAAUAAACCGUGUAGUAUCAGCGGACGGUGCCACGCGGUUCCGCAUCGGCAAUCAGCUGUUCGCAGACAUGCCAGCGUUGCUAGCGUUCUAUAGAUUGCACUAUCUGGACACGACGCCGCUCGUCAGGCCUUUGCCCCAGGCGAACGCGCAGGCCGCCGCCCCGCCGCCGGCGCAGCCCCACCACGUGUUGGAGGUGGUGCUGGCGAAGUUUGAUUUUGAUGGCAGCGACGCCGACGACCUUCCAUUCAGACGUGGUGAACGGCUGAUGGUGAUCAACCGCGACGAGGAGCAGUGGUGGACGGCGAGGAACGCGCACGGUCGCACCGGUUCGAUACCCGUACCGUAUGUGCAGAGGUUGCUGGACCCAUCGGGAGUGCCGUAUCCAGCGAACGAGGCGUUGACUCAGCUGGGCGACCCUCCCAGUCCGCCAAACAAUAAGAAUCAACAGAAGGGCACUAACAUGCAGCGCAGUCUGCCCGCGCUGGCGCGAGUGCGUCAGUCCCGUGUGCCCAACGCGUACGACAAAACCGCUCUCAAGCUACAGGAGGGUGAUAUACUUAAGGUAACAAAAAUGAAUAUCAACGGCCAGUGGGAGGGCGAGCUCAACGGUAAAGUUGGCCACUUCCCAUUCACUUAUGUGGAAUUCCUCGAUGACAUCACCAGCUAAAUGUGACCAAAGUGAAACUUAGUGAAAGUGUUAGUGUCAAAGUGAAUUGAUUAGUGCAAGACUGGUUACACUGUGAAGGUUAUGUCUCAUGGAGCUGGGAAGGUUAAUUAUUCUCUGGGGAUGUUUUUGGACAAUUGUCCCAAUAUAAUUAUACAAUUUAUAUUGAAUAUGGUUGAAACAGAGUCUAAAUUAAAUUUUACAAGCCAAUUAUAUUGGGGAAUGCAUUGUUGUUAAAAAAUUGUGCAUUUGAAGUGCUUUAUAUCAUUAUAUAAUUCAGAUAAACGAUUUUAUAGACGCCAUAAAAUUUACCAUUCAUUGAAAACGAUAAUGAAAUAAUUAUAUGUCCAUCUCAUAUUGUAAGAGGUGCAGAAAUAAAAUUUGGACUUGUUUUAACCAGUAUAAAAUGCGGUUAAUACAGUGAGUCAACCAUAUAUUGACUGAAUUGUCAUCAUCAAAGAGUUUUCACAUGGUGGAAUUAGCUAGUACUCAAUUUACCUGAUAUGACUUUUAUAUAGAUCAAUUUAUUGUGUUUUAUAUACCAAUAUUUACCCUGAUCGUCCUUUAAUUGUGUUGCAAUGUGAAGGGAUAUUAAAGAGACAAGAAUUUCUUUAACUUGAAUCAAUACGUUAAUUUUAAAGGUGGAGAUACCAAAGGUCUCAAACUUUUGAUCUGUCACAAGAUUGGAUUUAGAGUACCUUUUUACCCAUAAAAACUGAUAUAUAUUAAUAUUUGUUUUAUAUAUUUUUGCCCUUUAACCUAUAAUAUCAACUUUGAUAAGAGUUGGGCUUUCGCACAAAUUAAGCUAUUGGUGAGCUUCCCAAUUAAUCAUCAAUCAAAUGAUACAUCGAAACAUGUUGACUGCUAUAUAUUGUUGUUAAGCUCUGUCGUAAACAAACAAACAUGCUGUGUAAGCUGUUCACUGCAAUUGAAACCUUUUUGACAUUGCUUUUAAGCAUUUAUUGCUUUAACAUUACUGCCAGUUGAGAGUGUAUAAAAGUAUGGCUUAGUCAAACAGAUACAAAAAAUAAAUCUAUAUAUUGAAAUUAUACUUUUCAUAUUAAAUAUUAUGAUGGGUAAAGAUAAUUAUUUAAAUUCUGAUAAGUUAUAAUUUAAGACUAAAAGAAAACUGAAAGUAAAACCUUCCCAUCAUAUUAUUUGUGAUGAAAUAUAUGAGAUAAAAAUGUAUACUGAAUUAGAUUAUGCCCACUGUAUGUAUGUCUGUUUGACAGCCUUUAUGUAUAGAAUUGCAUAUGCAAAUGUUCAAAUGUUACAUAAACAUAGUAUAAUUAAUAUAGGCUAAGUAUGAAUUGUGUUGUUGGCAUUGAAUUGUUAACAAUCUUUAUCUUCAUAUGUUUAAUAUACUGACCAAAGAAUUCAUAUAAUUUAUUUAACAUAUCACUGUUAUGUAACACAACAUAUAAUAGUUGUUUCAUAAUAAUUUAUGCUGGCACCAUGAACACCAAAUUCUUCUAUAUUUUUCAUUAUUGUUUUUCGAAAUAAUCAUGUUUCUUUCUAAUGCUUUGUUUUCCAUUUAUUCUCCAUUUUAAUGCCCACAACAUGAUUCCAUUACAAUCAUUAAUAAACUCUUCCAAAAUAUGAUAGUCAAUAUUUUUAUAAUUGCUGGUGCAAAUUGUUUAAUUUAG